AAGGUCGCCGUUACUCUGAGGAAAGAACUGUGGGCAGAGGAAGUCGGGGUUAGAGAGGAUUGGGAGACAGACACUUUGCUGUGCUCACAUUGAAGUCAAGGUGCAAACAUGCAGAGCAAUAAAACCUUUAACUGGGAGAAGCAGAACCAUACUCCAAGGAAGCACCACCAACAUCACCAGCAGCAGCAGCAGCAGCAGCAGCAGCAGCAGCAGCAGCAGCAGCAGCAGCAGCAGCAGCAGCAGCAGCAGCAGCAACCACCUCCACCAAUACCUGCAAAUGGACAGCAGGCCAGCAGCCAGAAUGAAGGUUUAACCAUUGACCUGAAGAACUUUAGGAAACCAGGAGAGAAGACGUUCACUCAACGAAGCCGUCUCUUUGUGGGCAAUCUUCCUCCUGACAUCACUGAGGAGGAAAUGAGGAAACUUUUUGAGAAAUACGGGAAAGCAGGCGAGGUUUUCAUUCAUAAGGAUAAAGGCUUUGGCUUUAUUCGCUUGGAAACACGAACCCUAGCGGAAAUUGCCAAAGUGGAGUUGGAUAAUAUGCCACUCCGUGGAAAGCAGCUACGUGUGCACUUUGCCUGUCAUAGUGCAUCCCUUACAGUCCGCAACCUUCCUCAGUAUAUGUCCAACGAACUGCUGGAAGAAGCCUUUUCUGUGUUUGGCCAGGUGGAGAGGGCUGUGGUCAUUGUGGAUGACCGAGGAAGGCCCUCAGGGAAAGGUAUUGUUGAGUUCUCAGGGAAGCCAGCUGCUCGGAAAGCUCUGGACAAAUGCAGUGAAGGUUCCUUCUUGCUAACCACAUUUCCUCGGCCUGUGACUGUGGAACCUAUGAACCAGUUAGAUGAUGAGGAGGGACUUCCAGAGAAGCUGGUUAUAAAAACCCAGCAAUUUCACAAGGAGCGAGAACAACCACCCAGAUUUGCACAGCCGGGGUCCUUUGAGUAUGAGUAUGCCAUGCGCUGGAAGGCACUCAUUGAGAUGGAGAAGCAACAGCAGGAUCAAGUGGACCGCAACAUCAAGGAGGCUCGUGAGGAGAUGGAGAUGGAAGCAGCACGCCAUGAGCACCAGGUUAUGCUAAUGAGGCAGGAUUUGAUGAGGCGUCAAGAAGAGCUUCGGAGAAUGGAGGAGCUGCAUAACCAAGAGGUUCAGAAACGAAAGCAGCUAGAGCUCAGGCAAGAAGAGGAACGCAGGUGCCGUGAGGAAGAAAUGCGACGGCAACAAGAAGAAAUGAUGCGGCGACAGCAGGAAGCAUUCAAGGGAACCUUCCCUGAUGCGAGAGAACAAGAGAUACGGAUGGGCCAAAUGGCUAUGGGAGGUGCUAUGGGCAUAAACAAUAGAGGUGCUAUGCCCCCUGCUCCUGUGCCAACUGGUACCCCAGCUCCUCCAGGACCUGCCACUAUGAUGCCAGAUGGAACUUUGGGAUUGACCCCACCAACAACUGAACGUUUCGGCCAAACUGCUACAAUGGAAGGAAUUGGAGCAAUUGGUGGAAAUCCUCCUGCUUUCAACCGUCCAGCUCCUGGAGCUGAAUUUGCUCCAAAUAAACGCCGCCGAUACUAAAUAAAAGUUGCAGUGUCUAGUUUCCCGCAACCCUUAAAAGAAAGGUUUGUUUUGGACUAGCC